AUGGCCGAGAUAGUCGGAUCCAAAAAGGUCCUGAUAUCUGGAGGCACCGGCUUUGUCGGAUCCGCUACGGUACGCGCCCUGGCAGAGAAGCAUCCCAGCUGCGCCAUCACCGUCAUCGAUCGUAGCCCCCCACGGCCCCAGCAUGACAUCCCCGAGAAGGUUGAAUGCCUGCAAGUCGAUGUCACCAAUGCACAUGAAGUCAGCAAGGCAUUCCAGGCUGUCAAGCCCAAUGUGGCCAUCCACACCGCGGGGAUCGUGCCAGGUCUAGCCGAUCGGUUCGCCCGAAGGCUGGAGCGCCAGGUGUGGAAGACCAAUGUUGAAGGCACACGGAAUAUGCUGGAUGCGGCGGCAGAAAAUGGCACCGAAGCUUUCAUCUAUACCAGUACUUGCUGCGUAACGACUGAUGAUAUGCGCAUGCCUUAUCCCAAUAUCAACGAGCGGUGGCCAACAUCACCAAGCUCUCUCAUUUACGGCGAGUCUAAGGUCGCUGCAGCAGAGGCGCUUGUCCUGGAGGCGUCUUGCAGCAAGAUGGCCACCUGCGCCCUUCGGCCAUCGGUGCUGUGCGGACCGGGGGACUACCAGUUAGUACCGGCGAUUCAUGCAUGCAUAGCCAAAUAUGAGACUCCAUUCAUCAUCGGAAACGGCCUCAAUCUCUGGGACAUCACCCACGUGAGUAACAUUGCAGAUGCUCACGUCCUCGCCGUGGAGAACUUGGUGACCUCUCGCACGGCUGCCGGAGAAGCUUUCUUCAUCCAAAAUAAUGAGCCCAUUGCCUUUCGUGAUUUCUGUCUCGCUAUUUGGCGGCAGUUCGGACACGUCCCACCCUUCGAGAUCCUGGUCCCGGAGGGGUUGGCCUACCUUGCAGGGUUUGCGUGUGAGAUGACGACCCGGUUGUUAGGGACUACCACCACCUUAAGCCGUGGCAGUGUUCGAGACGCGUGUGCUGUGCGGUAUGCGAGCGGAGAUAAAGCCAAGGCAAUCCUAGGGUACAACGCUCGGAUCGGCAUCGAAGAGGCUAUCCGGCAGAGCUGCGAGGUGAGCAGAGAUUAA